UCCAGCUAUCACAGCUCUUGAUUGAGAAAAAUCCACAGCCGAGUUUUUAUUUGAGGAGCUGCAGGGGAUGUAGGGGAGGAAUUCUGCGUCGUUUUUCAAUCUGCAAAGAGACUUCCCUUAUCAAGGUGAAGACCAGCGACAUGGACGGCUUCUAUGACCAGCAGGUCCCUUUUGUGGUCCCUGAGAGUAAAUGUCACACAGAGGGAGCAGAGAGAUGUCUCAGCGACCGGAAGAGGAAGUUCAUGGACACAGAGCUGGCUCAGGACACAGAAGAGCUCUUUCAAGAUCUGAUUCAGCUCCAGGAAAUAUGGAUCGCAGAAGCUCAGGUUCCUGAUGACGAGCAGUUUGUCCCAGAUUUCCAGUCCAAUAACUUGAUGUUUCAUGGUACACCUGCAAGCAAAGUGAAGCGAGAGCCCAGUCCAUCUGAAGACCUGUCUCCCUGCAGGACACCUCACGCUGACAUGUGCCUUUAUAGUUACAGUGCCUGCGACAACAAGCCAGCUGGGCUCAGAGCUCCGACUCCAGCCUCCACACCAGUGCAGUGUGGCUCCACCCAUCCUGCUGGACCUCCACCCAUACAGAGGCAGUUACAACCUCCGGCCCCACAGCUGACCAGUAACUGCCCCCCGAGCCACGUUCCUGCCCUGAGCCCCUCCCACCGCCACCCGCUCCCACAGGCCAGCCACAGCCAGCAGUUUGCUCUGCCUCAUCCCGCCAUCAGCUGCCCCAGCGCAUCUUUCAGCACAGAACAACGGUUUCAGCGGCAGAUGUCAGAGCCCUGCUUGUCUUUUCUCGCUCCGGAGAAACCCGUGAACACGCCGUACCAACCCGCGAGCCGUGAUGGCCGACCGCUGUACCAGCGCCACCUUUCAGAGCCCCUGGUCCCCCACGGCCCCCGAGUUUUCAAACAGGAGCUGUUGGAUCCACAAUACCCAGAGCCAGGACCACAUGGUCCAGGUCUGGCCCGGCACCAGACCGCCUUCAACCAUGUCACGAUCAAACAAGAGCCAAGAGACUUUGGCUUUGACUCAGAAGUUCAAACCUGCCACUCGUCCUCAUUUGGGAAGUCUUCAGUCAUGUACCAGAAUAACAAUGCCAGGUUUGGUCAUGACAGAGAGCCACGUUUGUACUAUGACGACACAUGUGUUGUGCCAGAAAGACUGGAAGCAGGUAAAGUGAAGCAGGAGGGUUUGCCGUACCAGCGCCGCGGCUCCCUGCAGCUCUGGCAGUUCCUGCUCACGCUGCUGGACAACCCGGCCAACGCACACCUGAUCGUCUGGACGGGACGCAACAUGGAGUUUAAACUAAUCGAUCCUGAAGAGGUGGCUCGACUCUGGGGGCUCCAGAAGAAUCGACCGGCCAUGAAUUACGACAAGCUGAGCCGCUCGCUGAGGUACUACUACGAGAAGGGCAUCAUGCAGAAGGUGGCUGGGGAAAGGUAUGUCUACAAGUUCGUAUGCAACCCCGAGGCGCUCUUCUCCAUGGCUUUCCCAGACAACCAGAGGCCAAGUCUGAAGGCUGACCCAGAUACCACCCAGCCUUCAGGCGAGGAGGACGGCCUCCCCCUGCCCGGCUAUGAAGAGGAGGGCCCGUACCUGGCGGAAGGAGGGGAGCAGUGCAUCCAGGGACUGGCUUUCCCUGACAGCUACCCAUACUAGACUCCACAGCCUGGCAGCUGGAGGAGAACUGACUGAGCAGUGUUUACCCGCAUCACGUACGUCACGGAAAAGAUGAAUAUAUCAGAUAACUUUUUUAUCGAAAGUGUCUUUUUUUGCCUAAAGUUUUGUUUGCAAAUUUAUGAUUCAGCCUGAAGUUAAAAAAAUAAGAGAAUCUUUGAGACUGUUAAUUUGAACUUUCACCCUCAGCAAAACUCUUUGUCCAAAACUAUUGUAGAUCUGAAUUUUUUUUUUUUUUUUUUUUUUGUUACAAUGAGUUAGGAGCACUGUUGGCCAAAAUCUUUUAUAAAAAUUGAAAGUUUCAAGAAUAAAGUUGUAAUAUUUUGAGAAAAACAUUAUGUCACAAAAAAGUCCUAAAGAUUUAAGAUAAAAGUCAUAGUUUUACAAGCAAAUGUCAUUAUGGGGGAAAGGUGAUGUUUUGAAAAAAAUGUCAUAAAAUGACAAGAAAUGGUCUUAACAGUUUAAAAUUACGUUGGAAAACUAAAGUUGUAAGUUUUCGAGGACAGAAGUUGUAAUUUUACAAGAAUUUUUAAAAAGUACACAUUUUCACAAUAUUACUUUUUUUUUUGUAGUAAUUACAUUUUUACACCCAUAACAUUACAACUUUUUUGUCAAUGUUUCAGUUUUAUUCUAAAGAAUCCAUGUCACAGUCACCCAAAUGCUUGGGCUGUCAUUUUGUAGCUGUAGUCCUCGCAUAUGUGAACUCUGGGAUCUGUAUUUCAACCAAAAAGUAUCUCAAAGCCAUGGCACUCCUUUACUAAUUUACUUCUAAUUGUCUUUUGGGUAAACCUUAUACUGCUUGAAAGGGACAGACUUGUAUUUUCCAGAUGUCAUAGUACUCCUAUAAACAUGUAUAUUGAAAUGUCUUUUGUGUACUUGUUUUCAAAGCUAAUAUUUUUGGCAUUAUAUGGACGUUUUUCCUGAACAGUUUUAUGACAAAGGUACUGCUAUUUUUGAUUCUGUAAUACUGCCACUACGAUGCUAAUAAUAAGCAUGGACUUUCUUACAAACGACUCACCUGUGCUGAGAUAGUUUUCUGCAUUUUGUAUAGUUGAUUUGCUUCAAUGUGUAGAAAAGGUGUAUAAUUAUAUGAAUAUAUUUUUGCAAAAGGCUGAAGUUGCUUGACGUUGUACUAUGAGCUGCAGAGUUUGGCCUGCUAACGUACUGCAUCACGUUCAGCCUCUCCAAAGUGGAAUGACUUCUACCGUUUGUGUAUGAUGGCGGCUGGAGAGAGGCACUGGUGUGACGUCCACCCUCAGAUACUGUAUGUGUGCCUUCCGUUGAUCUUUACUGAUACAAUAAACAAUUUUACUCUUUU